AUGGCCACGGUUUCCAAGGUAACCGCGUUCGCCGGAAGGCCGCGACCCGAUAGAAGGCGGAACCGGAGAGGGUGGGCCGGCGACUCGAAGUGGACUUCCGGGUCACGGCGUAGCGGGCUCUCACGUGGAGGCGCGGAAGUUUGGCCCACGGGAAUGAUCACCAAGACACACAAAGUAGACCUGUUCGCUGGGCUCCCAGAGAAGAAGAAAAAGAAGAAGAAGAAAGUGGUCAAAGAACCAGAGACUCAGCGCCCAGUUUUAAACAAUGAAGAUGACUUUGCUGAUGUUUCUCCUAUAAGAGCCACAUCCUCCUGUAAGAGUUUGGUCCGCGGGCAGGCACCUGAGAUGCCUCUAGUGAAGAAAAAGAAAAAGAAGAAGAGCAUCAGCACGCUUUAUGAGGAGCAAGUAGAAUCUGAGACCAUGCUGCGUGCCAGGCGGACGGAGAAGUCAUGCAGCCCCAGGAAGCAGGUACUUGGCCACUUAGAGUUCGUCAGUAGAGAGAAGAAAAAGAAGAAGUCACCUCUGGCCAUGUCCCAUGCCUCUGGGCUGAAAACCUCCCCAGACCCCAGACAGGGUAAGGAGGAAACCAGAUUUGGCAAGAAGCUCAAAAAACACAAGAAGGAAAAAAAGGGGGCCCAGGACCCCACAGUCCAGGACCCUUGGGUCUGUGAAGCUGGGGAUGCUGGGGACACUUGCUCAGUGGGGAAGGAGGGUGAGGAACAGGCAGCUGUGGGGCAGAAACGGAAGCAGAAGAGCCCCAGGGAACACAGUGAGAAAGUGAAGAAGGAAAAAAAAGUCCACCAGGAGGGAGAGGCCCUCCCAGGCCACUCUCAGCCCCCCAGGUCCAUGGAGAGCAGCCCUAGGAAAGGAAGGAAAAAGAAGCCAGUCAAAGUUGAGGCUCCGGAAUACAUCCCCAUAGGAGAUGGCCCGAAGGCCCCCGUGAAGAAAAAGAUGAAGUCCAAGAAGAAGGCAGAGCAUCCAGUCAUCGAGGAGCCAGCUCUGAAAAGGAAGAAAAAGAAGAGCACAGAGAGUGGGGUAGCAGGAGACCCUGGGAAGGAGGAUGCAGACACGGACUUAGAGGUGGUGUUGGAAAAGAAAGGCAACAUGGAUGAAGCGCACAUAGACCAGGUGAGGCGAAAGGCCUUGCAGGAAGAGAUUGAUCGAGAGUCAGGCAAAACUGAAGCUUCUGAAACCAGGAAGUUGAUGGGAACCCAGUUUGGCCAGUGGGAUACUGCUAGUUUUGAGAACGAGGAACAGAAACUGAAAUUUCUGAAACUUAUGGGUGGCUUCAAAAACCUGUCCACCUCGUUCAGCCGUCCCCCAAGCACCACUGCAAGGCCCAACAUGGCCCUCAGCAAGAAGGCAGCAGACAGCUUGCAGCAGAACCUGCAGCGGGACUAUGACCGGGCCAUGAGCUGGAAGUACAGCCGAGGAGCCGGCCUCGGCUUUUCCACCGCCCCCAACAAGAUCUUUUACAUUGACAGGAAUGCCUCCAGGCUUACCAGCAGUAAUAGAAGAAUCAGGUUCCACCAAACUGUUGGAAGAAAAGCAGACAGAAUCACGUGCUGUUUCAAAUUGUGGCUGCAAACUGGCUACUAUUUAGACACGUUCUCUCUCUCCUGGAAGAAGACAGUCAGAAGUAAUUGAAUGAAGAGUCGUGAACGUAAGUGCUCCUUCAGGACAUUUAUUCUGUUAGAGUAUACUGAAGCCACAGAGAAUCUCAAAUUUGACCUCGCUUUCUCCUUUGCUCUCCCAACACAGAUUCUAAGUCCAAUCAAGAGCUGCUUUUGAUAGGAAAAAGAGUUAAUGGAACGCUAUUUCUGCCUUUCAUAAAGCCUCCAUAGGGGUAACACUGAGUUCCAGACUUUGGGCGCUCUCUAACUUGAAGGUACAAAGUGGCACUGCUUUUCAAAGUCCUUUUUCUCAGCUAUGAAAAAACAAAUAACUUCCAGAAAAGAAAGAUGUCACUUCCAUUCUUGUUUCUCUCUUGCUUAACGCCCAUUGGAUCCUUUCUGGGGCUGAGAAAUGGAAGGCCACUUGUGCAAAGCAAACACAGAGAUGCUGCUUCUCACUGAAGAUGGCAUUUUAAUGCUCUGUCACCCCCAUUUCUUCACUGUCAGAAUAACCUGGGUAGAGGCCAAAGCGUAAACCAAUUUGCACAUACAUAAAAAUAAAAGAAAAAUGAGAAACCUAGAUUCUCAUUUUUCGGGGCAGCAGAGGAGACCUUUCUGUGUUUGGUGCCAGAGUCCCUGAGCCGGGGGUCAGGUUCUUGUUUGUAGAGGGAGUCUGAGGGCCAGCUCUGUCAGAUGAGUCAUGUCUGGUUGUUUGCUUCGCUUCUUGAUGUAUUCUAGCGUUUUCACCUACGAGGAAAAGAUCCCAGUCUUUUGAAUUGGCCAUUAUGUGAGCUUAGACUUCUUAAAGAAUAGUGAGUCUUUUGAGGGAUGAGGAGAGGGAAGAAAUCAAAGUCUUUAAGAUAAAACCUUGGAUUGCAACUUGCCCUAAAAAUCAGAUUUUGGGUAUGACCAGAAAUAACUGAUGUUUUAUGGUUUUUAUUCAGAGGGAAUAGACUUUUAAAGGUAUGUCUCUUUUUUUUUGUUUUGGAGACAAGGUCUUGCUCUGUCACCCAGUCUGGAGUGCAGUGGUGUGAUUACAGCUUACUGCAGCCUCAAACUCCUGGGCCCAAGCCAUUCUCUGUCUCCAGCCUCCCUGAGUAGCUGGGACUACAGAUGUGUACCGCCAUGACCAGCUCAUUAUUUAUUUAGAGACCAGGUCUCACUGUGUUGCCCAGGCUGGUGUCAAACCCCUGACCUCAAGGAUCCUCCUGCCUCAGCCUCUCAAAGUGCUGGGAUUAUAGGCAGGAGCCACCAUACCUGGGCCAGCUCUGCUUUUUACUACUUGGAAGUGAUCCAGCAGAAAUGGACCAAGUGCCUUUCUAAAAAGGGAGUAUGGGGUUGUCUGAUACCCAAACCCUGAUGCUGUGCUGAAGGCAGUGUGCACUGGCCAGUGGGCUCAUACCACGGGGCCCUCCGCGCGCCUCACCAUGGUCCUGGUGUCUGCACAGCCAUGCCUCUGUGCCAGGUGCCACAGGUUAACAGAGAGCUGGUUGAGCUUGUUGUUGCGUAGGUCCCCAUGGGCCAAGAUGCUGUUAAAGAAGGAGAGACCCAACGAGCUCUGGCGUUUCAGGGCCUGAAAUAGAAAAAGGAGAUUAAUACCUUGCACUGGGGCUCAGGCCGGGCCCGCAGACAUGCUGUGGACAGUGUAGUUGGCUUGAGGCGGUAGGGCGUGCCUGAGUUCGACUGCCAGUUCUACCAAGUAUUUGCUGUAGGGCAAGCUGCCGAACCUCCCAGAGUCCCAGCUGCUUCAUCUGUAAAUGACAGGAAGGUCACCGCAAGAUGACGAAGCUCUGUGCCCACAGAUGGUCAUUACUCAUGAAAUGGCAGAAACUUGCCAGUCAGCGAGGUUGGGAAUGAAGGGUAACCCAACAGUAACAAGCCUUGUCUUAAUGCAAGCACAGCUACAAACUGAAAGGCUUGAGCUUGUCUCUUUCAGAUGUGUCCUCAAACUACCCAAAGCUGCAGUCAGUAUUCCUGGCCCUGGGCUGCCGGUAAAAAGACCAAAAGACAUCUCAUGAACCGAGCUCCCCAAUUCUUAGUGCCCAUCUCCAGCCCUUACACGUGGACACCAGAUGUUUCCUUUCUUGCUCAAUAAUCUGAUGUGAGAGGUAUCUUGCCAGAAAAAGUCUAACCACAAUGUCAUGGUAGACCGACCCUGAACCCCAGCUUUAAAUGGUAGAGACAAUGGAAAAUAAAUCUCCAAAAUGUAACACCAAGCCCAGGAGAGAGGAUACAACUUCCCCAAGGUCAAAAAAGGCCCCCGGAGAGGCCCCAUCAACAGAUGGGUACCUGCUAUUCAGGAAGCCCGUGGGGCCAGAGCAGAUCCUGCAUCUAUACGUCAGUGCUGCCAAGAGUCUUGUGUCCGCGUCCGCUCUGCUCCCCGACAGUGAAUGGGUUAAAGAGCCCUUAAGAGUAUGCCAGGGAUUCUGCUCUGUGCUUUAUCAACUCGCCUGAUUUAACCUUCAUGACAAUACUAUGGCAGAUACAUUUCUAACCCCCUAUGGUAGACAGAAUUCUAGAGGCGUCUCCCAAUAUUCCUCACUGUUAUUCAAACAUGAAUCCAGGUGCUGCCAUGGAGGGAUUGCAGAUGGAAUUAAGGUAGGGAGAGUAUCUUAGAUGACCUGAGUGGGCCCACUCAAAUCGCUGCGGCCCUUAAAAGCAGAAGUUUUCUCUGACCAGAAUCAGACAUAAGCAGUGGAAGAAAAAACAGGGAAGAGGAGAAGUCAGAGAUUCAAGACAUAAGGAGAACCAGGCCUAGUAGUGCUGGCCAUGAGCUGAGAAACACAGGCAGCUUCUAGAAGCUGAGAAGGAUGCCCGGCCAACAGACACAGGACCUCAGUCCAUGAUCACAUGGCACUGUAGUCUGCCAGUACACUGAAGGAACAGGAAGUGGAUUCUUUCCAGUACCCCAGCUAGCAAGACCUUGACUCUGGCCUUGUGAAACCCAGAACAGAGACAGCAGCCCUAGCCAGCACUGACUGCUUGCCUAUCUAAGAGCGAGAUCAAAAAUGGGUACUGCUUUAAGUGCCAGGUUUGUGGCAAUCAGUCAUGGUGGCAACAGGAAACUAAUACACUCCCAUUCUACAAAUGAGGCGCCUGAGGCACUGAAAGGUUAGGAAGUUGCCCAAGGACCACAGUUGGGCUCUUGCAAUGCAGAGGGGAGUCUGCGCUCCAGCUAACUGUGGAGCCUAUAUGUACUCACAGCCCUCUCCAGGCCACACCCCUAGGGUCGAAGUGUAUCAGGAAUCGCAGACGUAAGGGGCCGAAACCUGCCCAGUGCUACGGGCCACUUCCGCUGUGCAGUUUUAUGCGGGUAGAAAGAAUGGCUUGAUUGGGCUUACACCAAAACACAUUUCUUCCUGCUUUUCUCAACUACUCUUGGUGGCUAAAACGAACUUAUAACCAUCCCUUUCAGCGUUCCACAGGUAUUUCACAUGGAGCCUGCUAGCUGCUAUGCCAACUGAUUUACCCCUUCUUUUUUUCCCAAAUGAGAAUUCAAAAUCUUCUAGUGAAAAGAAAAAAAAAUUAGCUGAGCAUGGUAGCACACACCUGUGGUCCCAGCUACUCAGGAGGCUGAGGCAGCCCCUGGAAUUUGAGGCUGCAGUGAGCUAUGAUCACAUCACUGCACUCCAGCCUGGGCAACAGAGCAAGACCCUGUCUUAAAAAAAGGAAAAAGUCAAGGAACAGCUUCAAAUGCAGUUGGGCAAGGUGGCUGAGUGGCAAUUAAGAAUUUUUGCACGACCCCCAGCCCCCCAAAUUGAGUCUGCUUUGGCAACAGCCUAGAGCAGGUGACAGUCACAGAAGCAGCAGAGCUGACCUUGAAGAGCCCAAUCAUCAGGGAGCAGGUUGUGUUUUGGGUGCCCAAGCCCGUGGGCACAGAAAAGGCAGCACUCUGGCAUGGGGUAAGCAGGCUGGCACCUACUGGGCAGGGACUCUAACUGCCUGGUGACCGCCUGUUCUGGCUUCAUUUGUUCUAACAGACAAUUCAGUUAUGCCCCAAGUGGGAACUUGAGUCCAUUCUGCUCUCCUUCUAACAUGGUCCUUGUCUGACACCUGGGAGAACAGGGGGCCGUGCUUUCUGCUUAGAUCUAGAAGACCAAGCUAAAAGAAAACACUUUCAAAGCCAACUAAAAGUCUCCUCAGAUAGAGGCCCUUUGACUACUAUUCACUGAAGGGGGAGAAAUUGUUUUAAAAGUCAGACAAGGAGCACAGUGCCUAAUUGGCUAUUUCUCCAUUCCAUAUUUUCUCAAUUAGCAAAAAGCUCAAUUUGCAUGUGUUUUAAAUGCUACAGCCCAUUAAAAGUGAAGUCAUUAGAGACACGUCUGAGGGAUGAGACACAUGCCAGCUGAUACUCAAACACGGAGAAAAACAGAAACACGUAGCUGGGGAACCAAAUCAGGCCUGACCCCCCCUCCCCUCGCCACAGAGGUUUUAAAUAGAAAAGAGCUGCUUUUCCUAUGAGAAUUGUAAUUUCCAGGAAGCUCUAGGGGUUUGGCAUGGUUCCCGGCUCUACCACACCCAAACAAACAACUUCAUAAAAUACAGCUUGUGAUUAAAACGAGGCUGGCACCUUCACGUGGCCUUAGAGGAUGAUUUUGGAAGCAGGGCUGCUACCAGCGCUAAGAGAUGUGAUGCUCAAAACAGCACAGGCACCAGAGUUUCCCAACAGCAGGAAGCCACCCGCCCCACUGGGUGGGAAAUCCCACCAGGCCCCGCCUGGGUACCAAGCCUCAUGCUCCUGUGGGUACCAGACUCUAGAGGAUUCCAAUAUGAUUGCUUUAGCUGAACUUUCAAUUGCACCAUUAAAACUGUAUAACAUGUUUGGUUUCAGCUUGGUCCACCACCCAUAUGAUCGUGUUUGUUUUUAUUUAUUUUAGAGACAAGGUCUUGCUUUGCUGCCAGGGUUGGAGGACAGUGGUGCAAUCACAGCUCACUGCAGCCUCAAACUCCUGGGCUCAAGCAAUCCUCCCACCUCAGCCUCCUGAGUAGUACCAGCUACUCAGGGUCCACACCACCAUGCCUGGCUAAUUUUUAUAUAUUUUUUAAGAGAUGGGGUCUUACUAUGUUCCCCAGGCUGGUCUCAAAUUCCUGGAAUCAAACAGUCCUCCUUGCUUAGCAUCCCAAAGUGUUGGGAUUAUAGGCAUGAGGCACUGUGCCUGACAGAUGUUUUUUUUAAUAAAUGUGCAUUUAUGGACAGACAUUUUCAGUGAACAUCCCUGGUAUUUAUGUGACAUGAAAUGUUCUCCAGAAACAUUCCAUCUUUGCUGUUCUCUCAGAGUUUUGUUUCAGUAUCGCUAUCAUAAACAGCUCCAAAUUA